UGUGGGGAGUGGGGGCAGUGCAGGAACUAGAGUGAGGCAUGAGAGGUAAGAAAGCACUCACUCUCAGGGUCCUGCAUUUACUGAUACUGCACUUAAAUUACUAGGUGCAUCCCUGGCCUCACCCUAGUCUCAGCCCUGCAUGUGGGGACAGACUGGCUCUAGGGAGGGAGGUGGUACAGUACUCUUCUCCACCCCUGGGGGGCAGAUGCUGAGAGAAUGGAAUUUUACAAAGGCAGUGGGGACUGGCUUGGUGGUGAACUUCCCAACCACUUAAAGCUGUAAUUCCAGGUGUGGUAGCCAAAAGACUCCUGAAGGGCAAGAUUUUUGUCAGGAUCCCCUGGUCUGGGGCCUAAUAGCAAGGCCACGGCAUGAGAAUAGGCAUCUGGGUAGAAGACAGCCUGAGGGGCACUGAGGUGCCACCUGGACCCCUUCAUCUUCGUAGAGAAGGAGGGCUCCUUGCCUGGUUUCUCAUGGGAGUAGAGGGUAAAAGCCUGAAGGGUGCCCCUGCCACCUCUGACAAACGUAUUUGAGGGUCUACAAGCACGGCUGGCACUGCCUGGUGCCUUUGCCUCGCUAGAUUAUGCGGAUCUCUGGGGCAGGUGUUUCCAGGUGUGGAUUUGAGACAAAAGAACCAGGAAGCGGGGCCUCCCAGAGCACAGAGGAGAAAACUGCAGUCCGGGAUGGCUCAGUCGGCCCGUCCAAAGUCGCACAGCUGGUUCGGGCCGAGCCCCGACUGCGAGAGUGAGGCACAUGGCCCCUGCAGACCGGGCCUCGGAGGGUCCCAGGCUUGAGGACCCGUCGGCCCCCCACCCCCUUGGAAAGUGUCCCCUUGGCUUAGUCAUGGCGAAGCUGGAGACACUGCCUGUGCGUGCUGACCCAGGGCGGGAUCCUCUCCUGGCCUUUGCCCCUCGGCCCUCUGAGCUCGGACCCCCAGACCCUCGCCUGGCCAUGGGCAGUGUGGGCAGUGGGGUGGCCCAUGCCCAGGAGUUCGCCAUGAAGAGUGUGGGCACCCGCACAGGGGGUGGGGGCAGCCAGGGCAGUUUCCCCGGCCCCCGCAGCAGUGGUGGUGGGGCGAGCAGGGAGAGGCCAGGCCGCUACCCCUCAGAAGACAAGGCUCUCGCCAACUCCCUCUACCUCAACGGCGAGCUGCGGGGCAGUGACCACACUGAUGUCUGCGGCAAUGUGGUGGGCAGCAGUGGUGGCAGUAGCAGCAGCGGUGGCAGUGACAAGGCCCCACCACAGUAUCGUGAGCCCAGUCAUCCGCCCAAGCUCCUGGCCACCUCUGGCAAGCUAGACCAGUGCUCAGAGCCGCUAGUUCGGCCUUCAGCCUUCAAGCCCGUUGUACCCAAGAACUUCCACUCCAUGCAGAACUUGUGCCCCCCACAAACCAAUGGUACUCCUGAGGGGCGACAGGGUCCUGGUGGUCUCAAGGGCGGACUAGACAAGUCUCGGACCAUGACCCCAGCGGGCGGGGGUGGGGGCGGCCUCUCAGACUCCGGCCGGAACUCACUCACAAGCCUGCCCACCUACAGCUCCAGCUAUAGCCAGCACCUGGCGCCCCUCAGUGCCUCCACCAGCCACAUCAACCGCAUCGGCACUGCCAGCUACGGUGGUGGCAGUGGCGGCAGCAGCGGUGGUGGCUCGGGCUACCAGGACCUGGGAACCUCCGACAGUGGGCGGGCCUCCAGCAAGAGUGGGUCGUCCUCCUCCAUGGGUCGGCCAGGCCACCUGGGGUCUGGGGAGGGCGGAGGUGGAGGCCUGCCCUUCGCGGCCUGCUCACCACCCUCGCCCAGUGCUCUGAUCCAGGAGCUAGAGGAGCGGCUGUGGGAGAAGGAGCAGGAGGUGGCAGCCCUGCGGCGGAGCCUGGAACAGAGCGAGGCCGCGGUGGCCCAGGUGCUGGAGGAGCGGCAGAAGGCGUGGGAGCGUGAGCUGGCUGAGCUGCGGCAGGGCUGCAGUGGGAAGCUGCAGCAGGUGGCCCGCCGCGCCCAGCGCGCCCAGCAGGGCCUACAGCUGCAGGUGCUGCGACUGCAGCAGGACAAGAAGCAGCUGCAGGAGGAGGCAGCCCGGCUGAUGCGGCAGCGGGAAGAGCUUGAGGACAAGGUGGCCGCCUGCCAGAAGGAGCAGGCUGACUUCCUGCCCCGGAUGGAGGAAACUAAGUGGGAGGUGUGCCAGAAGGCAGGGGAGAUCUCCCUCCUGAAGCAGCAGCUGAAGGACUCGCAGGCCGACGUGUCCCAGAAGCUGAGCGAGAUCGUGGGGCUGCGCUCGCAGCUGCGGGAGGGCCGGGCCUCGCUGCGGGAGAAGGAGGAGCAGCUGCUCAGCCUGAGGGACUCCUUCGGCAGCAAACAGGCCAGCCUGGAGCUGGGUGAGGCCGAGCUGUCCGCGGCCUGCCUCAAACCUGCGCUGACCCCUGUGGACCCGGCGGAGCCCCAGGAUGCCCUGGCCACGUGCGAGAGCGACGAGGCCAAGAUGCGCCGGCAGGCCGGGGUGGCCGCCGCCGCCUCGUUGGUUUCCUUGGACGGGGAGGCGGAUGCUGGCGGGGAGAGCGGGACGCGGGCCCUGCGGCGGGAGGUGGGGAGGCUGCAGGCAGAGCUGGCGGCCGAGCGGCGAGCCCGGGAGCGCCAGGGAGCCAGCUUCGCGGAGGAGCGCCGCGUGUGGCUGGAGGAGAAGGAGAAGGUCAUCGAGUACCAGAAGCAGCUGCAGCUGAGUUACGUGGAGAUGUACCAGCGCAACCAGCAGCUGGAGCGGCGGCUGCGGGAGCGCGGGGCUGCGGGGGGUGCCAGCACACCCACCCCGCAACACGGCGAGGAGAAGAAAGCCUGGACGCCCUCCCGCCUCGAGCGCAUUGAGUCCACAGAAAUCUGACCCCCCCCCCCCACCACCAACAUGGGCAUGUGGCCUUUUGACAAAUGCCCUGUCAAAGGCCAGAGUCCACAGUGUCUCCUCCCCACCUUCUCUCUUCCCCAUGUCCCCCAUGUCCCCAGACCAAAGAGGUUCUCAAAGCAGCUGUGACCAGACCCCUCCCCUCCCCCCACUGGGGGCCCUCCAGGCCCUAUGGCUGGGCAACCCACUCGGACCCUCCUCCCAAGGAGGGGAUAGAGGGAGGCAGAAUGAGUGGGGGUUGAGGGGCCAAGGCAGCAGGGGAGCCCAUGCUCCCCUUAUUAGUGCUGCUUUGUUAGAGAUGGAGAUAGCAGGCCUGAAGUGCCAUGAGGUGCCCCAGCCCCUUGGUAGGUCUGGGCUCCUACUGUUGGCCACCCCGGUGUCCAGUGAUGCUCUCUGUGGUCACCUCCUAGGCCAUGUAGUCUGAGAGGGCCUGCAUGGGAUCUGCUGAAGCUGACAGACCUUGGGCUCCUGGCCUCUCUCCUUCCUGCUCUAUUACCCCUCCCUGGGCAGAUUGGCAGGACAAGUGGGAGCAGAUGGCCUGUCUGUGGUUGAGAGGGCUACUUGCCCAGCCCCUCCCCCACCAAGGUCUCUUGGGCUUAGGCCUCAGAGCCUGGCCUGGUCCUGAGUGUAUGUCUGUAUGUGCGUAUCAGGCUGGAGGGGAGGCUGGGGUGGAGGUUCAGUGCCCGGGGAAGAUCUGCCCUCCUGUACUUGGGAAGGUUCACCUGGAGGCUUUUUAGCUCUACCCCACCCUUCCGGCCAGGAUCCCACAGGGUGAUAGCCCCAUCUGCUUGGCUCACCCCACACCCAGGGCCACUGUCCGGCUCUAACUACAGCUCGUAAGUGCUACCUGCCUCUCAGGCACUCCCCUCACCCAGUUUCUGAGGUCAUAUGAGUGUCUGUGAUGUCUUCCUGUGUCUUCUCCCACUCGAUUCCCCCAGCCUCCCUCUGCUUUCACGCUCAGAACAUCAUUGUCCUAGGCCGCCUCUUCCCCCAAACCUCACCUUUUCUUCCAGUAGAAAAUUCUGCUUGAUCUUUGGUGCACUGCCCACUUCCAAGCUCCAAUGGGCCCAAGCCUGAGCCAGAGGCCUUUGUUUUGGGGGGCGAGGGGGAUGGUUGUGAUUGCCCUUGAAGGACAAAGCUGACCUGAGAGGAAUACUGACCCCUGAGUUCCCAGGACCCUGGGUUUGCCCAGGGUAGGCCUGCAUGGCCAUCAGUGGGGGCUGUGACAGCAAUGUCACUUCCCUCUCGGUAUCCUCUCAGAGUCUAUCUCCGUAAGACAGGAAGGGAAAGGCAAAUUUCUAAUUCACCAGCAAUAAAAAUUAGAGGAGGCUUGGCCCUCAACCCUUGUAUUUCUCUCUUUUCACUCUCUUCCUCCCACCCUCAAGACUGGGUUUGGAGGGCAGGGUGGAGAGAGCUGGCAACUACUGUGAGCAAGUUCCCCAACCCCUGACCAGCCUCCUCCCAUGACUGGUGACUGUUUAAUGAGCUGUGCGUCCCCCACAAAAACAAGAGUGCCCCUCUGUGUGGCCUCUGUCCCUCUGCACAGCCCCUUCCCGGUGACCCUCACCAGAUCUCUGAACUGGUUGGGGGAGCCAUCCUGGUAAUCACUGCCCAUUCCACUCACCCCUCACUGCACCUGCCCCAGAACCUGGGCCUAGGCCAGAGGGGCAGGGGGAAGAGAAGGCAUUAGUAGGAAAAAAA